AUGGAACGACCGGGAAGCGUUGUUAGCACAGGAUCAACUGGGAGUCGUGACAGGCAUCUGUUGGUUGCCAAGUAUCUCUACCGCCGGUGUGCUUCAGCGAAAUGGCUUCAGCCUCCAGAAGACGAGGAUGGACUAGUCGACGAGUCCUCGUGGAUUGGCGUUGCUGUUCGAAAUCCAGACGGGAACUAUUCGACCGAGCCUCCCACCGCAGACCAUGAUAUUUACAAUGUGCUGCAAACUCUCAAUUGCAAAUGUGUAUUUACCAUGUCAUCCGAGAUAACCUCUGCACUGCUUGAUCAGGUUGGUCCCUUUCAGACAGAGCUAUCAGUGGCACCUAGAGGGCUCAAGAUCAACAUUGUCCAAUCGAUUCGACAUCUAGCCUCUGGGAAAUCCGUCGUUACCAGGAAAUCAUACGUCUGCAUACUGCGAGAAGAGAGAAUGGUGUUGGUCUGGAACGAUUCUGUGGAGGGAAUCUUGACACAUGGCGCAGAUAUCGAGGGCAUCUUGGUUGGUAUUAUCUGGGGCUCACACAUCGGAACGAUGACUGCAACUUCACCUUACCAUUCUUACUCGCCGCCAGUAGCACAAACACCGGGUGGCAAUUCCGCACUUAGUUCUGAUCCGGAACUGUCGGAAAAGAUGGGUAUCAUCCAAGCUGCCAUUUACCGUGAAGAGAACACAGAUGCUCACUUCGAUGUCGAGAAAGAUGGCGCUACUCCGCCAGACCGCCCAUUUCUGCUUCUUCAUGCAGUCGUGGUUGGUGUGGCAAUGACCCUUGUCGUAUUCGUCGAGAUGCUUUGUAUUGCAAAGCUCAUCGAAGAAUUCCGAUGGGAUUCGGGGAUGAUCAGAUUUGCGUUGGUUGCGGUUGUGCCGAUCUUCGCAUUCUUUAUGGUAGUGAUCGCUGGCUCAUUGUUUCAAUUGUUUGGCCCAUUGACUUACGUCCGCGGCAAUUCGAGAUUUUACUCUGCAAAACCUCCGAAGAGAGCGCGCUACCCGGAUUUGGAACUACCACAUAUUACUAUUCAGAUGCCAGUAUAUAAGGAAGGUCUGAAAGGUGUCAUCAUGCCAAGCGUAGAGAGCUUGUUAAAAGCUAUCAAGCACUAUGAGGCACAAGGCGGAUCCGCAUCCAUUUAUGUCAAUGAGGAUGGUAUGCAAGUCAUCGCACCCGACCUUGCCGAAGCACGCAAGGCAUACUAUGAGAUGCACGGCAUUGGAUAUUGUUCUCGACCUGCACACACAUACAAGAAAAAGAAGUGGUGGCAGCGAAGCAAGACCCAUCCUGAAAACCGAGAAGGCUUUAUCCGACGAGGUCAAUUCAAGAAGGCCUCAAAUAUGAAUUACUGCCUCGAUUUCUCCAUCAGAGUAGAGGAUGAACUGCUUCGACUGAUAUCAGUUCUUUGCAACGAGACUGAUCGAACUGACGAGGAAUUGACUGUUGAGGAAGAGAACACUCUGUACCAAAAAGCUUUACAAACGUGCAUAGAUCAGGACGAGGGACGCACAAUAGCUGGCGGCAAUGUCCGAAUCGGAGAUAUUAUCCUGAUCAUUGACAGCGACACUCGAGUGCCCGAAGACUGCUUGAUCCUUGGUGCUUUAGAAAUGCAUGAAAGCCCAGAAGUUGCAAUCCUACAGCAUGCCUCUGGAGUCAUGCAGGUCGCGCACAACGUUUUUGAAAACGGCAUCACCUAUUUCACGAAUCUUAUCUACGUCUCGAUUCAAUUUGCUGUCGGAAAUGGAGAUUGUGCUCCUUUUGUCGGUCACAACGCCUUCCUGCGCUGGAAAGCAAUUCAAAGUGUGUCCUAUCAAAGAGAAGAGAAAACAAUUUUCUGGUCUGAUGUUUCCGAGGACUUCGAUAUGUCACUCAGACUCCAGAUGAACGGGUUCAUUGUCAGAUUAGCAACCUACCACGAAGGAGGAUUCAAGGAAGGUGUUUCUCUCACUGUCUACGACGAGCUGGCCCGAUGGGAAAAAUACGCUUACGGGUGCAACGAACUGGUUUUCAACCCGCUCUAUAAAUGGUGGAAGGGACCCUUCACGCGCCUAUUUUGGAGAUUCCUGUUCAGCAACAUCAAGAUGACUUCCAAAAUCACCAUCCUCGCAUACAUUGGAACCUACUACGCCAUUGCAUGCGCUGUCCCUCUUGCUCUCGCUAACUACGCCAUGGUUGGAUGGUUCGACGACAGUCUCGAUCAGUUCUAUCUCACAUCGUGGAAGAUCUUUGUAGGCAUGGCAGUGAUCUUCAAUGUGCUGUCACCCCUCGCAUUCGCCAUGCUCCGCCACCGCCUCGGCCAGAAAGUCUUCUUCUGGUCCGUCGUCGAAACCGCGAAAUGGACACCGAUGUUCGUCCUCUUCUUCGGCGGCAUAUCUCUCCAUCUCACAACCGCGAUCCUCUGUCACUUCUUCAGCAUAAACAUGGAGUGGACUGCUACUGCGAAGGAGGUUGAAGCUAGUGGAUUCAGAGUUGGACUGGACAAGAUAUUCAAGGAUUUCAAGUACAUGUAUCUGGUUAUCAUCCCAAUCAUUGGAGGAAUGAUUUAUCUUGGCACAUAUGCGCCGAGAGGAUGGCAGAUUACGGACUUUACUGCUAUAGUGCCGCUUGCUAACCAGAUUGGCUGUCAUGCUCUGCUCCCGGUAUGUUUACAAAUUUCUACUUCGAUUAAUUCUUCCUUCCAUUUCUUUUACUGA